GAAAUUGGAUUAGAUUAAACAAGCACCGAUUGUGGGAUGUCCAAGCCGAGGUCUGGUGCGCAUCAGGCGCCCGCCUGCGACGCUAGUUUCGAUGAGGCGGAGGCCUGCAAGCUGUGGAUCCACUGCAGCAGGUGCUACGAACUGUUUGUCGAGAAGAAGUUCGCCUUCUUCCUGCUCGCCUGCCACCACGUGUUCUGCGAAAAGUGCAUCAAGGUGGCGGCCGGGCGCACGCCCACCGACGCCCCCAUCUACGAGUGCUCCACCUGCAAGCAAAGUGUCCGCGGCCGCCAGCUGACCAACACGAUGCCCAAACACUUCAAGGACUUCUUCCACCCGGAGCCCCACAUCCUGGCCGACGAUUUUACCGAGAAGUUCCAGCGGCGCAACCACCUGCACUUCGACAGGUUCAAGGAGAGGAAGGAGAUGGAGAUGAACAAGUUGAGCAAGGACAUCGAGUUGGCCAAGUCCUUGUGCCAAAAGCGCUUGCUGGAGAUGCAGAUGCUGCGCGUGGAGCGCAAGAAGCUUUCGCAGCGGAUGCGGCAUAUCAAACUGGCAAAUCAAAAGGCGGAAAUGCAAAGAAGUGCCCAGGCCAAACUGAACCGCUCAUUGGAGACGACAAAGUCAUCGUCACCUGCACCGGUCUCAAUUCGUGGACGCAUUCGAGGUCGUGGAGCCUCCCAGGCCCCAAGUCGUCGAAGUUCCAAGGACUCGAUUCGCAGCUCUCAAGCUAACCGAAGGCAGGUCACCGGCUUCAGGCAUCAGCCAAACCACUCUUUCAAUCUUUAAUCUAAUAUUUGAAUAAAAAAACUGUUACCCUUA